CUAAUGUCAGAAUAGAUUACAUCCUCUCAAGUUAUUGAGUUUUUCUGGUUUUUCUUUCCCUUUUUACUAUUCGUAAGUGCUGUUCUACUGAAAUUUUACAUUAAGACUAGCAUUCAUUUGGAUUAAUCAGAAAAUAGAGCAAAGUCAUAUAGUUAAUAAAGUCUUCAGGAUCGUAAAAGCAAUGAGCCUAAGAGACUGGAUCAUGAUGGAAUUCAAGGGCCAGGUAUAUGAGAUAACCAUUAAUUGUAUUUUAGAGGUACAAAUUGUUGGGAACGAUUUACACCAUCAACAGAUGAAUAUGGUAGAUGAAGGAGAAAGAAAAUAGAUACAAUAGUCAUAAUAAUAAUUCUAGUAAAUUCCCCAAUUAUCAACAAUCUCUCCAAAUCUUACAUAAAAUGUAUACAAUAAUAUUCAAAAUUAGACCAGGACGGCCAAAGUGUUUGAUGGAUUGAAUUAAUUGGUUUCAACAUAUUUUCCACUAUUAUCAGUCUCGAUUAUUUGUAUAAAUAAUUUUGCUGCUUGGAGUUGGGCAUUAGCUUGUGUAAUUUUAUUUUUAAUUUUUGUUAUUGCAUUCAACAUCCUUUAAGUGUAGCGUAAUUUUUCAGAUACAAUCAAAAGUAAUAUCAUAUUAUGAGUAAUUUAGAAUUUUUGUUUAUUAGUCAUCAUGUGUGGUUGAGUGGUCUAUUUAUUAGUUAUUUAGCCUGUAAAUUGAAAUUGUCAGAUUGA